GGGCAGGAGUGGUGCUCAUGCUGUCACAAUAUUGCUGCCCAGGCAUGUGGCUUGCGGGCGUGAUCGCGCCCCCACCAGGGCUGACGCCGAUGCGGCGCACAAGACAGCGCCGGAGGGAGCGGCCAGAGGUGGCAGAAGGACGGGUGUUCCGAGUACUCCACGAUGGCGGGCACCGAGGUGCAGACGGCGCACGGGGCGCCCGCCGCGAGCUCCCUGGCGAGCAGCGCGGCGGCCUCCGGGGUGGAGAGGCUGGCGAUGAUCAACGGCCAGCACCACUUGACCAUGGACUACCUGAAGGACCAGACCUGCUCUGGUUCGACGUCACCGUCAAGGGGCCGCUCGAGACCGCGGCCGGCCUGCUCCGGGGCUCGGGCGGGGGCCUCGCGGACGAUAUCCAGGCGGCGGUGUCCCAGGCGCACGCCCUCACCGAGCAUGCCACCGGCGUGCUCCUCGGUUACGCCGCCACGGCGCAGCAGCUGAGCUCUCGGGUGAUGCCAGGACUGCGCGUUGCGAUGAGCGACCUGAAGACCACGCGGACGAGCGUGGCCAACCUGCUCGGGAUGGUGCAAGGAUGCCUGACGGCCGACCCCCGUGCGGCUGCCAGGGAGUCCCGCCGCCGCUACGUGCGCCUGCUCGAGCAGGUGUCGAGCAUCUUCCAGCAGGUCAGCUUUGCCCGGGACAGACGCCGACGCCGGCGCGGAGGCUGCGGCUUGGCAGCAGGGAGGGGCGCCCGACGCGGCGGCGUUGGACGCGGCGCUGAGACACUUGGGCAUGGCAGUUGAGCUGCUGGAGGA